GAGAGAGCGAGAGAAAGAAAGAGAGAGCGAGCAUCGAGCCACCAGAUAGGCUCCACCAUCCACAGACUGUAAGGUACAAGUGCCACAAGGAGACUAUAAUCCUCUAAAAUAAUGGAUGGGACAAAGCCGGCCAUGGAGUCCAACGCGGAGGAGACUCAGGAGGAGGGACAAGACAGCAAAGGAUGCUUCGAGUGCUGCAUCAAGUGUCUGGGCGGGGUGCCCUACGCCUCGCUGGUGGCCACCAUCCUCUGCUUCUCCGGUGUGGCUCUGUUCUGCGGCUGCGGCCACGUGGCGCUGACCGGCACCCUGACCAUGCUGGAGAACCACUUCUCCAGGGUCACCGCGGACCACGCCACCCUCGCCAUGGUGAUCCAGAUCCUUCAGUACAUCAUCUACGGCAUCGCCUCCUUCUUCUUCGUCUACGCCGUCGUCCUGCUGGCCGAGGGCUUCUACACCACCAGCGCCAUCAAGAAGGAGCUGCAGAGCGACUUCAAGACCACCGUCUGCGGCCGCUGCAUCACCGCCUUCUUCAUGUUCCUGACCUACAUCCUCGCUCUGGCCUUCCUCGCCAUCUUCGGCUUCACGGCGAUACCGGUGUUCCUCUUCUUCAACAUGUGGAACACCUGCGCCGCCAUGAAGUCUCCUGACGCCAACAUCACCUCGCCCGACUCCAUCUGUGUGGACGUGAGGCAGUACGGUAUUAUUCCCUGGAACGCCACUCCGGGAAAAGCUUGCGGCGCCACACUGGGAGACAUCUGCAACACCAGCGAGUUCUACCUGUCCUACCACCUCUACAUCGUCGCGUUCGCCGGCGCCGGCGCCACCGUCAUCGCACUGAUCCACUACCUGAUGAUUUUGGGGGCCAACUGGGCCUACCUGAAGAGCGCCGUCUCCACGCACGAGUACCAGGACAUCAAGACCAAGGACGACCAGGACCUGGAGGCCGAGGCGCGCUCCAAGGAGGGCCAGAACUCGUCCUCCUACUCAUAAGGACGAGCGCUCCUCUCCCGCCGCCACCCAUCCCCCACACCCCUCACCCUGCAACACCCCCCACUUCCCUGCGUUGAAAACAAACCACCUCGGUCAUGUUUGGUAGCCCCCCCCCCACCACCACAACCUCCUGAUCCUCCAUCCUCUUCCCUGGCUCACACCAGAAGGGAGGAGAAUAGAGGAUCGGGGCGGAGGCCUUCGGUACAUCAGUUUGGAAGCGUCUCGCUUUUCUUUUGGGGGGGGGCGAUGGCGGCGCCUCGUGAACGUGGCCCGGCUGUGAUGGCCUCGCGCCCUGAGCAAGCACAGCUCCUUUAAAAAAAGAAAGAAAAAAAAAAAACAUUGUUCACUGUCUGCUUCGGCCACAGGGGGAGCCAGGCAGCGACCAACUUCCUCCGGGGUUUGUUUUUUUGGUGUUUUAUAUGCAUAUAUAUAUAUAUAUGAAUAUGAAUAUAUUGUGCGAAUGUUGUACGAAUGUUUUUUUUUUUUUUUUUUAAUACUCUCUGAAAAGUACGCCAGGUUCUAUUUUACGAUCUUCUUUCCUUUUUUUUUUUUUCCUCCUUUACUUUCUUCUACAUUUUUGACUUUUUAUUGCUAAUGCUCGAUACGUUGUUGCACUAUUACAAAACAAAAAAGAAUAAAAGAGACACAAAUAUCCCCCCCCCCACCCCCCCAGCCUGUCAUGGAAAACAUAUAGACUCAAAUCAUGUGGUAUCUCAAGGAUUAUUGUGCAUUUACAUGAUCAGAGUUUAUCUUUCCGCGAAGGUAUUCAAACUUUUAUUCAAAGGAAUAUGUUUUGGGAAAUAUGCUUUUUUUUUUGUUGCUUUCAUGUCAAGGGUCAGAGGAGUGUGAUGUAACUCUUGGCAACAUUGUGACCAAGUGUGUUCAGACCUUUACGAGCUUUUGCUACACUCGACACCAGCGGAAAUCAAAGGUAAAUCUCUGCGGGUCUUUUAACACACACACGCACACACACACACACACACACACCUCAGGUAUCAAACCAAAAUUGGAUUUCAGCCAGUUGUGUUCUUCAACCAUCUAAGCAAGAACCAGAUUUGAUGCGCUGUCCUGCGUGAAUCACACGGUUAAAAAAAGAAGAAAAAAAAGAAGAAAAAAAAAGCCGGUUCUAUCAUUUUUCUAAAAAUUCCUCCUUUUUUUGUGAAUGAAGUUCACCUGUAAAUACCUGAAGCGCCACAAAAGGAUCUCGGUUCCUCUCGGGGGAAACGUGGAGAACACGAUCAGUGCUCCCGACGCGUUCUACUACUUUUUUUCUUUCUUUUCUUCCACAGAUAUAUGUAAAUGUACCCUUUUGAGAUAUGUGUUUAGCACUCAAAUACUAGUUCUGCAUUUGAUAUAAUUGUAAUGUAAUAAACGAUAUGUCGUGAGAGGGGAUACAGUGCAGUACGCUAUGAUACGAUGGGUGGAGGUGCUUGUGACGUAUGCAUUUAAAAAAAAAUGUGAUUUUGAAGAAGAAAAAAAAAUAUUUUUAAUGUUUUAUCAGUUUUAGGCAGCUGACUUCUUGUGAUUCAGUAAUUAUGAUUUCAUGGAACUUGUUUUGUUUUGUUUGUUUGUUGACGACUGACUCGUCAACACGUGAGUUGAGAGGAAAAAAGUCACUUUUUGUUAUUUUUUUUUUAAAUCGUCGAAGUCAUAUGAGCCACAGAGACUGUUUUGGAUGUUUACACUCUGAAUAAAACUAGUCAGGAAUUUUCAUACGUUAAUUUUAUAAAUCAGAUUUUGUUUAAAUAAAUCAUGGACUAUAUUCUAUAUUGAUCACCACCGGUUAGUUUACCCUAAAAGAAAAAUACAACAAAAAAAGUAUUAAAAAAAACACUGAAAGAAGAGAAAUAUUUGAACUUUGAUGAGAUGAAGCAUGUCAGUAUCGUCCAUGUGUGCAGCUGUCUAUUCUGUAUAAAAAAGGACUAUAUUGCCAUGUGUGUUGUUUGAUAAAUAUCCGUGCUUUGCCACCAGGUUGAUGUAAAGGCAAACUUCAGUUUCCUGUAAGACGAUGCGUGUCAGGGUGUUGUCGUUUCCUCGUUAUUUGCAUGAAGGAGACAUGACUGUCUUUGCAGUUUUUCAGGUGAUGUGUAGUCAAUCGUACCGACAAUGGUAGGCGGUGUUUGCCCCCCCCACACCCCCCUUUUCUAAAGAAAUCUCCAUUGUACUUUGAUGGCAUUGUAGUUCCUUGUAGGUGUUUCAUUAUGCUUUGAUUUUUUUUAAAGUUGGAAAUAGUUCUAUGACUCCUAUAUAGUGAUGAUUUUUGUAACCUUCUCUAGUAAAAACCGAUAUUUUUUAUUAUCGUGA